GGGGUGUCUUUAUUAGUGCUGCACGUUCUGAUUGGACAUCACAGUUGACAUGAACUCGCUCACCAUUGGUCGGUCUGAUCCCAGUGACAGCUACAUUGUGCGCGUCAAAGCGGUGGUGAUGACCAGAGACGACUCGAGUGGCGGCUGGUUGGCUCAGGACGGCUGUCUGAGCAGAGUGGGCGUGUGCAGGCUGCUGCCGAACGAACUGCUGGGACGCAACAGCUUCCUCAUCCACGGAGAGCGUCUCAAAGACAAGCAGGUGAUCCUGGAGUGUUUCUUAAAGAAGGAUCUGGUCUACACGAAGGCCACGCCCACGUUCCACCACUGGAAGGUGGACAACAGGAAGUGUGGUCUGACCUUCCAGAGCCCGGCGGACGCCAGAGCCUUCGACCGCGGGGUGAGGAGGGCCCUGGAGGACCUGACGGAAGGCUCGACCACGUCCUCAUCGACGCUGCAGAAUGAGGCGGAGCUCGGCGACGACGACGUCUUCACGACGGCCACCGACAGCUCGUCCAACUCGUCCCAGAAGAGAGAGCCGACGAUGCACACGCUGGCACCGCACAGCUUCUGUGAGGCCCGCCGGCACCAUUGCAUCCUGGGACAUUUUUACGAGCACCACCGGCCCUCUGAUCACUACUUCCUGGACCAGGCGGUGCACAUGUUCCCUCGUCACGUCAGCUUCCAGGUGGAGGACGAAGAGAUCGUGCGCAUCAACCCCCGCGAGCGGACCUGGCUAACGGGCUACGAGGACUACCGGCACGCCAACUCCACGCGGGACAAACUGGCCCAGCCGGACAACCUCGACGCCUACGUACACUUCGCCAAGAGCGAGCCGCCCAAACACGACUACGCCUACCCGUACCCGCUGAGCUGCGACGUUCAGCGGGGCUGCAACGGCAAACCAGGCUGCCUGGAGCUGGGCGGAGGCCACAGAGCCGUGGUGACGGUGCAGCCGCGGGCCGUGCAGCCUAAAGGAAAGCGACGGAAGGAGGACGGCGAGCGCUCGCGCUGCGUUUACUGCCAGGACAUGUUUAACCACGAGGACAACGGGCGGGGCCGCUGCCAGGAGGCCCCUGACCCCAUUCAGACCUGCAUCAGGCGGGUCAGCUUCAUGUGGUGCGCCGACAGCCUGCUGUACCACUGCAUGUCGGACCCGGAGGGGGACUACUCGGACCCGUGCUCCUGCGACACCAGCGACGAGCGCUUCUGCCUGCGCUGGUCGGCGCUGGUGGGCCUGUCGCUGCUGGCGCCGUGCAUGUGCUGCUACGCCCCCCUCAGGGCGUGCUACCGCUGCGGCGUGGCCUGUCGCUGCUGUGGCGGGAAACACAAAGCGGUGGGCUGAGGCUCCACAGGCCCCGCCCCCAAAAACCCCCGCCACAGAGACAGCAAGGACUCCUGGGAAACGAAGGUGGCUGUGAUUUUGCUGUUGUCAUUUGUCUCCGAUUACCAGAAGGAGGAGAAGAAGAACUUUGUCUCAAUAGAUGGAAAAAA